AUGUGCAUUGUGUGCGCGUACUUGAUCAAGGAAUACCGCUUCUACUAUCUGCCCGAAUCAGGAGCCGCAAUGCUGGUGGGGAUGAUCGUCGGCGUAUGUGCACGUCUCUUCUACCCAAGUCGCAAGGAAAUGGAGCUCCUCCGUUUCAAUAAACGAUUCUUUGACAACUUCAACACUAUUCUACUGUACGCUGUGCUGGGGACGGUUGUGUCGACGUUUGUUAUCGGCUACCUGACUUAUUACGCUGGCAAGUUGGGCUGGAUCGACAUUGACUCUUCUUCUCCUUUGGAGUCUCUGCUCUUUGGAGCGUUGAUCUCUUCUGUCGAUCCUGUGGCGACACUAUCAAUUCUGGGAAAUCCGGAGCUGAACCUGGAUCCUCUGCUCUACAGUCUCGUAUUUGGUGAAAGCGUGCUGAACGAUGCCGUGGCCAUUGUGCUGUUCAAUACCUUCUUAAAGUUUGAAGAGUCCCAGACCGAAUUUACGACUAGCGCCGUGGCCUCUUUGAUGGUGGAGUUUACGCUGAUUUCCCUGGGCUCGGUAGCGUGCGGUGUCUUCACUGGCUUGGCCUGCUCUUUCAUGUGCAAAAAUUCAAACAUCAAGGGCUACCCUGCGUACGAGAUUACGCUGCUGUUUCUCUACGCCUAUGGCUCGUAUGCACUGGCAGAGGUCAUGAAGCUGUCAGGCAUCAUGUCACUAUUCUUUUGUGGCCUUAUCAUGGCACACUACAACUCGUACAAUUUAUCCAAGCCAUCGCAAGUGACAGCUGAGCACAUUUUCAAGAGCUUCGCGCUGGUAUCGGAGUUCUUUGUGUUCCUGUACAUGGGCAUGGGUGUAUGCGCUGGACAGUUUGGGCGCUGGGACUUCACCUUCGUUUUCCUCGCCAUCAUCUUUUGCUGGGUGUCACGUCUAUUCAACACGUUUCCGCUCAGUUGGAUCGCCAAUCAAGGGCGUAGCACUAAGAUCCCAGCGAAGAUGCAAGUCGUGCUAUGGUUUGCAGGACUUCGCGGGGCAAUUUCCUUUGCGCUAUCUCAGAACAUGCCAGGCCCAAACCAGGAUUUGUAUGUCACUACGACACUCUCUGUUUGUAUUUUCACUACAAUCAUCUGCGGCGGAAUGACGGAGCCAUUACUGACAUACACGCGUCUAAAGCGUGAUCAACCUGACCCUCUGGAGGCGACUGACGAAGAGGGAGAGGAAGAGCUAGGCCUGCUCGACGAAAUUAUUGACGAACACUACAUGAAACCUGUUUUUGGAGGCUCUAUUCAUCGUCGGACGUCGGUGCUUGUGUUGAAGUCGAAGAUCUACUAUCGUAGUUUCGCAAGUCAGCAACUCGAUGCACACAUACUGGUGCAGGUCAUCAAACUCGGAGAAUCGCCGCAAGAGGCUCCAUUUCUUCAUCAGGCGACCACCUACCACCCCUUUGCCGUGGAUUUGCACGACCAAGUGAUAAUGUAA